AUGGACACAGAUACUAAUUUGGCCCCCAAAUAUAAUUUCUCUGAAAACUUAUCAUCUCUUAGAUUUUUGAUAGAGUCCAAGAAGAGCCUAUUCACGCCAGAAGUCACAGUAGCAAUACUCGUUGUCCUCACAGUCCCAUUACUACUUCAUCUUUUCAUUUUUCGCUCCGCCAACCGUAAAUCCCUUCCGUCCAUCGUGCUUCUCGGGCCAUGCGAUUCGGGCAAGUCUUCUCUCUUGGCUUUGCUUGAGGGUGCGCAAAACGUGAGGACUUAUACGUCUCAGCUUCCAGCGACCGUUGAACUUUCCCUCCCGGACGAUAGAGUAGCCGGUUCAACCAAGUACCGCUCCAUCAAUGAUCCCACAAAUCUUACCUGUCGAAAAUUCAGCCUCACCGACACACCGGGACACGGUAAGCUGCGAUACUAUGCGCUGGAGAAAAUUAGCGCGCCGCAAGCACUGAGCGGGGUUAUCUUCAUGGUGGACGCAGCUUCGCUGAAAAGUAAUAAUGAGACCUUACGGCACACGGCAGAAUAUCUUCAUGAUUUACUAUUGGCCUUGAAGAAAAGGGCCGAGCAGAUGAACACCGAUGUCACUAUACCAGUGCUAAUAGCCGCGAACAAACUGGACCUCUUCACUGCUCUGCCCGCUCCGCUGGUGAGGAAGACGCUCGAGGAUGAAGUCAGCAAAAUACAGGCCUCGAAAUCAAAAGGCUUACUCAGCUCGGAAAUGGACACGAACGAGGAGGGCAUGGAGGAGAAAGAAGACUGGAUUGUAGAGAAAGGAAGCUCGAAUUUCAAGUUUUCCCAACUGGAAGAAUUCGGUAUUUCACUCGAGGUUCACGGAGGUCACAUUUCUGGUGAUAAGCCCUCUAUAGACCACUGGCUAGUAUGGAUUUCUGAAAGGCUGUAG